AUGAAUAAUUCACAAUUCGUCUUUAUCUUAACGAUUUUGCUACUAACAACUAUUAGUGCACAAUUCGAUGAAGAUCCUGUAUCAUCAGUUACCUCACCUAUCAAUAGCUUCGCUAAAUACGACAAUUUCCGUAAAGGCGGCUUGCGUAAAUUAAAUGUCACUAGUUCAAAUAACAUUCGCCUAUAUGCCGAACAGUUUGGCGAUUCGAAGGAUCCAACUGUGAUUUUUAUUUCAGAAUUCAUGCAAUCGCGCCUAGUGUGGGCGCCACAACUAAUCAGUAAACAGUUUACUGAAGAUCUUCAUCUCGUAUUUUACGACGCGCGUGGUAUUUUGGAUAGUGAUAAACCGCGAGAUGUAAAUUUCUACAAUAAUGUUUCGUUUGUGGCGGAUGAUUUGAAUGCAGUGAUUACGGCCGCCACAAAUCAAUAUCCAAACAAAAAAGUUACAAUUGUUGGAUGGUCAUAUGGAAUGGACAUUACGUUAUUAUAUGUACAAAAAUAUGGCCAGAGUAAAUUGAAUGGUGUCGUAUCGGUCUGCUAUGCUCUCAACGAUGAAGAUUUCUCCGCCGCCAUUUUAGAAAGUGUAUCCAGCUCUGUGAAUUUAACGUAUGAAGAUAUGAUUGAAGUGCGAGAUUAUCUUAUAAGAAAUUUUACUGGAGAAGGUUUACCGCCGCUUGAAGAAACUACUCGUUUAGUUUUUCUUGGUGGAAGCAUAUUUACGCCUUCUGCAUACAUUAGUGGAUCACUCAGCUCUGAGUUUAACAUUGUUGAGACCUACACGAGCUUGACUAUUCCAAUCCUCAUAAUAAGUGGUGCAAAAGACGUAGCUACGAACCCAAGGGCGGCUAACUUUGCAUUAGAAAAAGCGAAAAAUGGCACUGUAAUUGUAUUUGAAAAUUCCGGACAUAUUCCUUUCUGGGAGGAAACAAAAAAAUUCAAUGAAGUUGUUAGAAAAUUUGUUUUGAAUGUUAACAAAUAA